UUUCGUGAGCUGUCUUUAGAAACCUUACAUUUUUCCCCCACACACCUUAGCCAGAGAUCCUUCCCUUGAGGUUUUGGGAUACUUAAAAUGUUGCUUUGCCAAAAAUCAAGGAUGUGGAGAAGGUUUUCCUGUGUGAUGUCAUGUUGCUGCCCUUUAUAAGCCUGUGCAGAGAAGAAGGAAUCCUGUCUGAGGAUUCACAGUCCAGGCAGGAGGAAAGGCGAGGAGCAGACGUUGACCCACCAUGGAGCAGCGAGCCAAUCCCCAGGGCAUUCCCUGCARCUCCCUGCUCCUGCUGCUCUGCAGCCUGAAGGCUUCUCUGGCCUUUCCCAACUCCUCUCCACUGCUGAGCCCCAGCUGGGGCAAUGGAGGCCACCUGAUGCACCUCUACACYGACACGGAGAGGAGCAGCUUCCACCUGCAGAUCAAUGCUGACGGCUACAUCGAUGGUGCUCCUCACCAAACCAUCUACAGUGCCCUAAUGAUCAAGUCAGAGAGUGCUGGCUCAGUAAUAAUCACAGGUGUGAAGAGUGGACGCUACCUGUGUAUGGACACGAAAGGAAACAUAUUUGGCUCGCAUUACUUCAGCCAGGAGGACUGUGUAUUCAACCACAGGACACUAGAAAACGGGUAUGACGUGUAUCAAUCCCCCAAACACCACUUCCUGGUGAGCUUAGGCAGAGUUAAACAAGCCUUCUCCCCYGGUAUGAACCCACCACCAUACUCGCAGUUUUUGUCCAGGAGGAAUGAGAUCCCCCUGUUUCGAUUCAACACCCCCGAGCCCCACAGGCACACCAGGAGUGCCGAUGUCGAUCCAGCRGAUCCUCACCAGAUCCUGGUCCCACAGAGGAAGGCCCCAGCGUUUGGCUCCCCAGUGCAGCAGCCAGCAGACCUUCCCCACCUGCCCAGGGAACCCGUGAGAAUCAAUCAGAACGACGUGGUGAAUCCCGAUGAUCCYCAUGCCAUGAUGGAGGUCAGGAGGUACCCCAGCCCCCGCUUCUACAUCACCAGAUAAACGCAGCCCCGGCGCUCGCCAGGUGAAGACAGAGGCAAAAGGAACUGGCUGUCACACUCACCCUGAAUGCCAAAGUGGCUCUUUAGAAACCUGGGAGACAUUGGGRAAAAUUCCUUAGUUUCAAAUCUUGUUUUUAAGUAAACUAUCCUCUGUAAGUACAAGUUGGAUUUUUCCAGCUAGCGCUCUACUGGAAAGAAGAUCCAUUUUUGAAAAGAAUAUUACAAACCAAACCUUUUAGGGUCUGAAUCACCUUAAAUUGGCAUCAAUGAGAAAAAAAUAUAGAAAACCCUUGAAUGAAAUGGGAAACUGAUGUUAUGUCACUGAURUAGAGACCUGGAGCAUCUGAGAUUCAGGGAAUCCUCUUACUAGCACCAUCCAAUCCAAGAACAGCAGACAAACUGUCAGGUGGUGUGUUAUUAUUUAAAAAUUACUAUAUAUGUCAUAUAUCCAGUAUCUGCAGGGGCUACAAGGAGAGGGGCUCUUCAUCAGGAACUGGAGUGACAGGACAAGGGGCAAUGGCUUCACUCGGACAGAGUGCAGGGUUAGAUUGGACAUUAGGAAGUUCUUCCCUGUGAGGUGASGGUGGGAGGCCCUGGCACAGGGUGC